AAAAGAGGGGGGACUAUGGCAUCAAACAGCCUCUUCAGCACAGUGACACCAUGUCAGCAAAACUUCUUUUGGGAUCCCAGCACGAGCCGGCGGUUCAGCCCCCCCUCCAGCAGCCUGCAGCCCGGGAAGAUGAGCGACGUGAGCCCGGUGGUGGCUGCACAGCAGCAGCAGCAGCAGCAGCAACAGCAGCAGCAACAGCAGCAGCAGGAGGCGGCUGCGGCGGCUGCGGCGGCUGCAGCGGCUGCAGCGGCCGCGGCUGCAGCUGCAACGGUGCCCCCCCGGCUGCGCCCCCCGCACGACAACCGCACCAUGGUGGAGAUCAUCGCCGACCACCCCGCCGAGCUGGUCCGCACCGACAGCCCCAAUUUCCUCUGCUCCGUGCUGCCGUCGCACUGGCGCUGCAACAAGACCCUGCCGGUGGCCUUCAAGGUGGUGGCCCUAGGAGAAGUACCAGAUGGGACUGUGGUCACUGUUAUGGCUGGCAAUGAUGAAAAUUACUCCGCAGAGCUCCGAAAUGCAUCUGCUGUCAUGAAAAACCAAGUGGCAAGAUUCAAUGAUCUGAGAUUUGUGGGUCGGAGUGGAAGAGGAAAGAGUUUCACCCUGACGAUAACUGUCUUCACAAACCCACCCCAAGUUGCCACCUACCAUCGAGCUAUUAAAGUUACAGUAGAUGGGCCCCGAGAGCCAAGAAGGCACAGACAGAAGCUUGAUGACUCUAAACCUAGUUUGUUCUCUGAACGCCUCAGUGAUUUAGGGCGCAUUCCUCAUCCCAGUAUGAGAGUAGGUGUCCCGACUCAGAACCCACGGCCCUCCCUGAAUUCUGCACCAAGUCCUUUUAAUCCUCAAGGACAGAGUCAGAUUACAGAUCCCAGGCAGACCCAGUCAUCCCCACCAUGGUCCUAUGAUCAGUCUUACCCAUCCUACCUGAGCCAGAUGACAUCACCAUCCAUUCAUUCUACCACCCCCCUGUCCUCCACCCGGGGCACGGGACUUCCCGCCAUCACCGAUGUGCCCAGACGCAUCUCAGGUGCUUCAGAACUGGGCCCUUUUUCAGACCCCAGGCAGUUCACAAGCAUUUCAUCCCUCACUGAGAGCCGCUUCUCCAACCCACGAAUGCACUAUCCAGCUACCUUUACUUAUACACCGCCCGUCACCUCAGGCAUGUCCCUCGGUAUGUCAGCAACCACUCACUACCAUACCUACUUGCCACCGCCUUACCCAGGCUCUUCCCAAAAUCAAAGUGGACCAUUCCAGACCAGCAGCACUCCAUAUCUCUACUAUGGCACUUCAUCAGGAUCAUACCAGUUCCCCAUGGUGCCAGGGGGAGACCGCUCUCCCUCCAGAAUGCUUCCUCCCUGCACCACCACCUCGAACGGCAGUGCCCUAUUAAACCCCAAUUUGCCUAACCAGAAUGAUGGCGUUGACGCCGACGGAAGCCACAGCAGCUCCCCUACUGUUUUGAAUUCUAGUGGCAGAAUGGAUGAGUCUGUUUGGCGGCCAUAUUGAAAUUCCUCAGCAGUGGCCCAUCGCCUCUGAACCAAACAAACCAAAAAAAAAAAUCUAAUAUAUAUUGAUCAGCUAUCUACAAAGUGCCUGUUUUAUAGAUUGUCACUCACUAAGUCAUGCUGUGUGCAACUGCUAAGAGAGUAGAUUCUGGGAAGAGAAAGGCCAUGACAGCCACAAUCAGGUCUCUCGUUAUGUGGAUCCAAGCACAUUUUUUGGUCUUUGGAACAAUUCACCUUGCUUGAUAUUUUAAAUGUACUUUUACGUGGAAACAAACAGAUGGAAAAAAGGUAUUUUGUUCUAUUUUGUUGUUGUUCAGACUGUUGUCGGAAAUAACCAUAUCAUGUGCCAAUUCAAAGAGGUGGAUGCCAAGAAUCAGGAGAAAAAAGCAACGCAACUCAUCACAAACAUUUUACACCUCUUAAAUGGUUAUAGGUACAGUUGCAGCUAUGCAAUCUGUUGGGCCAGCGCACUUUCCAGCCCAGUUCAAAUAACUUGUGUGGGUGCCCAGAAAAAGAAAAUGUAGAUUGAGUGCUUCCAUUAAGAAAUAAUCCAUUCAGAAAAGUUGUUCCAAAUUUUUAUUUAAGCCUUACUGCAGAUAAACAAUUGAACUUUUUGGUUCACUGCUUUUUCUACUUUAAAAGAAUUACUCCUCAAAGAACUGAUCUUGUUUUGCUUUUGUUUGAAUUUUUUUGCCUUUAUAUAAUUAACCAAAUCCCUCUCCCUCAAACUCAACCACCCCUAAACCAAACUAUCCACCUUUUUAUGCAAAAAUGAAAACGGCAAUAUCUUAUUAUAGCCAUAAUGGUAUAGAUAGUAUUUGUAUUUGGCUGUGUGGUUAUUUUGUUUAUUGUUUUUUUAAAUUAUGAAUAUGUGUAAAAUCUAAAAUUAUUUGCUAUCAUGGAUGGUCGUAUAGCUUUAAAAAUAUUUAUAAUUAUUUAAUGUCAUUUGGACCUUUAAAGAUUCCUUAGCAUAAUGAUAUGUUGACUUUGGUCCCUAAAACCUUUUUUUUUUUUUUAAAGAACAAACAUUUUUCAGUGGGGUAAAACCUUACCUGAAACACUGCAAAGCAAUUCAAUGGAUCCAGGCACAAUGUGAUAUAUAUAUAUAUAUAUAUAUAUAUAUAUAUAUAUACAUAUAUAUAUGUAUUAUAUAUAAAAGAUGCUUCCACCCCACAAAUACUUUGGAUGUAGCAUGCUUCUAUGAUGUAUGAAGGAAAUAUUGUUUCAAUUUGUAUUAGCUAUUUGGUUGCCUUCAACACAGUUUUGCCUUCUUAAGCAAUAAUGAUUAGGGAUUUAAAAAAAACACCCAACCCAAUCAUUUAGCCUUUAAUCAUAUAUAUCACCCUUCGUCGGCAUGAAAUGCUGGAGUGAUGUGGUUUCUUUUCUUCUUUCAAAUGGAUAUGACACUUGUCAUAUUAAAGAGACAAGCACAAGUGAAUCACUGAAUUGCAGAAAAAUACUCUGCGGUUUCAGAGUUCAGUAAAAUUUCAAUCUUCAAGCUUCAUACUGAAGACGAAAGUCACCUUAAAGCCACACGUGUGGAUUUUUUUUUUUUUUAAAGCAUCAAUCACAGUAUCACGGUACACCCCAGUACAGUACAGGGAAGCAAAAUUGCACCUGGUGUUCUUAAUCAGCCAGCCUACUCUUUACCAAACAACAAUAAAUCAGGGGGAGACGAAGGUCUACCCCGCCAGGGCACUGUUGGCAACUUGCCUGGUCAUUUACAUUUAAAGAAGCAGUUUACAGCCACCUCCUGUCCAGAGAAAGCAAGAUGUCCUGAGGAGAAGGCAAGCCGCGGCAAGCGGCUGGACUAAGAUGGAGCCUGCAGACCUUGCGGGCAGUCUUCACGUGAAGGGAAAGGAAGGAGGCCAAGAGCCAAAGAGGAGAUGGUUGGGCUGCAUUUCUCCUGAAGGAUGCACUUUGAAACCCCUACAGUGGUGAAUUCCUGCCUUUCAGUAAGCCAGUGUCAUGUCAAGGCAUCUUUAGAGAAUUACUCACCAGGUCUACCAGGGAAAUUUUACAAUGUUGCUUUGGUACAUCUGGCACCCUUCAGCCUGAUUCCUUGCUCUCUUCUGAAGAAAGCUGCAAAGAAAAAAACCAAACAGACCAAAAAAAAAAAAAAAAACCACCAAAAAACCCUAAACAAACCAAAAAUUUGCCUUCUAAAGGUUGUAUACCAAGUAUGCUUAAAUGAAUAAGCCACUUUUCUAUUAAGUUUUCUUUUAAAACGGAAGCUGUAAUUGAUACUAUUUAUUGUUUGUUUGUGGUAGCUCGAAGCGUACCACCGUCCAUUUAUUUGUAAGUGUAAAAUGUGUGUCUUUGUUUCAGCAGCACUUAAAUAAGCCAGUGUCUGGUUACACAUUUCAAUUUUAAUUAAGCAAGAGAAAAAUGUCCUGCCAGUGCCAGCUGUAGCCUAUUUAAUAAAAAGGUACUAUAUUUGUACAUUAUCUUUUAUUUCUGAAAAGGGCUUUUUUAAGAUUUACUGUAUACAUAUUAAGUAAUUUUUAGGGAUGCUUUUGUGUUAAAAUGAUGUUACGAUGGCUGCAGGCAGCAACCCAACAAAUUUGGGAGUCGGGGGAGGGCAAAAUUCAAACAGUUCAUUUUAUUUCUGGGUAAAUUCCAUUUAGACCAGAUUUCUUAUGUGGUUUUUUGGGUGGGGGUAGUGGGAGGGAAGACUAAGAGAGGUGG